CUUGUCUCCUUGUAUAACUUCCCUUAAAGAUUAAACUAUUGAAUUAUUCCCUAAAUUAUAUCACAAAUGAUCUCUAAAGAGUACAUAACAAAACCAGUCUCCUCCAUCUAACUCUCUCUUCAGUUUUUGGACAAGAAUGGCAGCAAUCACCGUUGACUUUCAGAUCUGCUUCAUUUUCAUCCUCCUAUGGCCCUUCUCACUCUUCUGUCUAUAUGGUUUCUUCUUCAAGAAACCAAAAGAGCCACGACUUCAAGGCUGUGGUCUACCUCCGAGCCCACCGUCUCUACCAGUCAUAGGUCAUCUUCACCUUCUCCUUUCUGUUCCAUGUCACAAAUCCUUUCAGAAACUCUCCUCCAAGUAUGGUCCCCUCCUUCACCUUCGCGCUUUCAAUAUCCCAAUAGUUCUAGUCUCUUCCGGCUCCAUGGCCUACGAAAUCUUCAGGACUCAUGACCUGAACUUUGCUACCCGUGACCGUGCAGACCCUAUAAUGGAGAAGUCGAUACUUUUUGGUUCAUUUGGCUUUAUCUCAGCUCCUUAUGGAGAUUACUGGAGAUUCGUGAAGAAGCUCUUAGUCACAAAGCUUCUUGGGACUCGUUCACUCGAACGGACACGGGUCAUCCGUGGGAAAGAACUCAUGAGUUUCCGUGCUAUGUUGUUCGAUAAGGCGGCAAAGAAUGAGACUGUUGAUGUUGGCAAGGAGAUGAUGAAGCUAACGAAUAACAGCAUCUGCAGGAUGAUCAUGGGGAGGAGGUGUUCAGAGGAGACUGGUGAAGCAGAGCAAGUCAGGGGUUUGGUGACCAAAUCACUUAGUUUGGUGAAGAAGUUCCUUAUAGCUAGCACAGUUGGUCGAGCUUUCAAGAAGCUCGGGAUCUCUCUGUUUGAGAAGGAAAUCAUGGAGGUCUCGCAGAGGUACGAUGAAUUGCUGGAGAAGAUUAUUAAAGAACACGAAGAGAAUCCGAACAAGAAAGAGGAUAGAGACAUGAUGGAUGUUCUGUUGGAAGACAAUGCCGAGUUUAAGAUUUCCAGGAACCAAAUCAAAGCGCUUUUUGUGGAGCUUUUCCUUGGAGGCACUGAUACUUCAGCACAAACAACACAGUGGAUAAUGGCAGAACUCAUUAAUCAUCCCGAUAUUCUUAAAAGAUUGAGAGAAGAGAUAGAAUAUGUUGUCGGGGAAACGAGAUUGAUUCAAGAAACAGAUCUCCCCAACCUGCCGUAUUUACAAGCUGUGGUGAAAGAAGGGCUAAGACUACACCCACAUUCGCCAAUCUUGGUGAGGAAUGCAACAGAAGGAUGCAAGAUCGGAGGGUAUUACAUAUCGCAGAACACAACAAUGAUAAUAAACGCCUAUGCGGUGCUGAGAGAUCCAGAUGCAUGGGAAUAUCCAUACGAAUUUCAGCCCGAGAGGUUCAUGACUUCUCCUUCAGAAGGGAAAGAAGAUGAAAGAGCACAGUUAGCUUUGAACUUCAUUCCUUUCGGAAGUGGAAGAAGAGGAUGUCCUGGAGAAAACUUGGGCUAUAUCUUCAUAGGAGUAGCCAUUGGAACAAUGGUUCAGUGUUUUGAUUGGAGAAUCGAUGGAGAUAAGGUUAAUAUGGAAGAGACGGGAGAACUGGCGCUGAGCAUGGCACAUCCACUUAAAUGCACUCCUGUUACUCGAAUUAACCCAUUAGCUAGCUUUGAAUCUGCAGAUCCAUAGUUGAUGGAGGAGUUUGAAUCUGAAAGUAAUAAUGGAACUUGCUGUCUUUGUUGUUGUUUCAUAACAGAACUUGUUGUCUUUAUGAAUUUGUGCUGUUUCAUAGCGAGAUUGCGAAACUUUAGUACUAAAUUGGAAAAGUUGCAGAUAA